CAUUACAAUUAUUAUUUAGAACGUUUCUCAAGAAUAUAAAUAAUAAUAAAUAACUCCGAUAGGUAUUUAAAGAAAAACCAAGAUCGGAAAAAAAGAGAGUAACCAAAUUAUUGAGGGCGAAUUUGUACUACAUAAGUACUACAUUAGUUAAUAAAUUGCAUCAACCCCCAAUCAAAAUUUAUGAUUUAUGCAGUUGUUGUAUAUCUAAUUGAUACUAGAUUUAAUUUUACAAACAUCACUUUUACUUGUUCUCCCACAAGAAAAAAUGGAUAGAGAUCAGAAAGACCCUAGUACUUCUGAGUCGGAGAUAGCCCGCUUAUUCCGUGUGUACCGUACAGUACACGAAAUGGUUAAAGAUCGGGGUUACGUCAUUAAUCAUGAUACACAUACUGAUAUGAACCUAUUUCGUGAACGCUGCAUGAAGGAUGGUUUAAUUGUUAAAGAAUCGAUGAUGUUUCAAGUCCAAAAGAAUGAUAACCCUAAUGAGCAAUUACUUGUGACAUUUCCCGAUGAAAAGCCCGUUGGUGUAAAGUACCUUAAAAUUUUAUGCCAACGGAUGGUGGACUCAAAAGUUAACCGCGGCAUCAUUGUAUUCCCUGGUACUCUAACUGCAGCAGCUAAUAAGGCGAUACAAGUUAUAAACACAAGAGAAAAUAGACACUAUGAAGUUGAUACUUUCUCGGAAGCAGAUUUGAUGAUUAAUAUCACAUCGCAUCAACUUGUGCCCAAACAUUAUGUUCUUUCCGAUGAAGAAAAAAAGACUUUACUUGCUAAAUAUCGAUUGAAGGAAACCCAACUUCCUCGCGUACAAGCAACAGAUCCGAUCGCAAAAUAUUACGGUUUAAAAAGGGGACAGGUUUUUAAGAUCAUGAGACCCAGUGAAACUAGUGGACGAUAUGUUACCUAUCGAAUUUGCUUUUAAAGGUUUGUUUCGCUUUGAUAGCAUGAAAAUUUUAUUAUUAUUCCUCCCAAGAACAAUGUAUAAUAUAAUUUAGAAGUUCAGUAAUCGAUUUAAUGUGUGCAACAUAAAAUUGUGGCAUCUUUUAAAAUCAUUCAUACAAAGGAGAUGUUGCCUAAGGAAAAAAGUUUCAGUCAAAAGGAGAUCAAAGAAAAGAUGGAAAAAAAAUUAUCAUUUUAAGAUGAUUAAUUGAUUCCUUUUUUUUUGUGAUAAAGGAUCAAUAUUAUCAUCUCAUCUUUUUUAGAAAAAAAAAUUAUAGAUGAUCAUUAUUUUUAAUAAAUAAAAAUUAUUAUUAAUUUUUUUUUUUUAAUAUAAUA